AAGUCAGUUGUCGUUUAGUCGUCGCUCGAAGAAGAAGUCUCAGUAUUGAAUAAUAGUAAAAAGUUUGUCGUCGUCAUGAAUUCAAAGUUGUUGAUUACGAUCUGUGUUGCGUUCCUUGCGCAGAACGCUUAUGCUGGCAUCGUUAAGCGUGACACAGCUGCGUCAGGGCCACCAGCUGCUCCGGACUUCAAUGCUCUCUUCGCUGACCUUUUCCAACAGGCGCAACAACAAGUCGCCACUUUGUCCUCGAAAUUCCUCGAAGCUGCUGGUAUUGAGAACAAAGAUCAAUUGUUGAGUACUGUGCAGACAAAAACGGAAAUGUAUGCCACAAAGGUCGGAGAGUUCGUUAAAACCAUCCAAGAUACGUUGGCCAGCCAACAAGGUGCUGUCAAUGAGAAAGUUCAAGGCUUGACAACUACUUUACAAAAUGCCGUCAAGAAGUUGCAAGAACAAAAUCCGGAUUUGGUUAAAGCUACACAACAAUACAAGGAAUCUGUUGGCCAACAAUUCCAAGGCAUCGUCGCUGAAACCCAAAAACUCGCAACUGCCUUGCAAGGACAAGCUGGCGGCGUCUCGGAACAACUCAACACUGCCGUAAAGGGCAUUGUGCAAGAAACUGCCAAUACCGCCACCCAACUCGUGGAAAAAGUUGACAUGGCGAUCAAGCAAAAGCACGACUUCCCCGAAGAACAAAAAAGCUAAACCACUUUAACUGACUUUUUUUUUAUUUACAAAAACUUAUAAAAAAAAUAAAAUUACUAAAAUAAUUAAUAAUA